CCCUUCGGUUGAUGUAAAAAAAAAAAAUCCGUCCCUCUAUACUGGAAUGAUGUGGACCUCUCAUGAUACUGUUGGAUUUGUUUUCUUAGUCGGAUUUUGUGUGCAAUACGGAUUCUCCUUUGAAGGUCGCUUCACGGAUGUGCCCUCCAACAUGACGGUUAAAGAGGGACAAAACAUAGAAAUGGCGUGUGCUUUCCAGAGCAGAUCCGCGUCUGUGUAUUUGGAGAUCCAGUGGUGGUUCGUGAAAGCACCGGAACCCACUGACAGCAAGGAGGACAUCGAUGCUGAGCAGAUGGAGAUGAUACCAGAGGCUGAUCCUGAUGAUGAGGGGACAAAAAUAAGUACAGUGAGAGUCCAGGGCAAUGACAUCUCACACAAGCUGCAGAUCUCCAGUGUCAGCAAGAUUGACGAAGGACUGUAUGAGUGCCGGGUGACACGAGCUAACUAUGGAGAAAUUGUAGAGUACAAAGCCAAAGCCUGGCUGAAGGUCAACACCACUGCCAGGCCACAACGACCAAUGCUGCCUCCCAAGAAGAGCUCCCCACUGCACCUGACGGACAAGAAGCUGAGAAAGUCCACCUCACCUCAGGGGCAGGACAGCAUGAGUUCAGAUCAGAGAAUGGCCUCCACCUCCACCUCUCACACAUCCUCCAAUACAGCUAAACACAACCCCAGCUCUGGUACAAGAAUAUCAUCCAGCUAUGGACUAGCUGCCCUCCUUCUGGCCUGUGGUUUGGUGAGGGAUGGCUUGUUAUAAUUUGAAGAACCCAGAUCUCGCUCUCUCUCUGUUUACUCCCAAUCGAGAAAAUUGCCACUUUUAUUUGACCCCCCCCCCACAGUGCAGAAAGAACAAUUGGCCCUCAUUUCCCAGCCACUAUUGCUCUUGCACCCAGCACAUUGUUAUUAGCCACUGUAAACACCAGUCACCUUUACACCAGUUGGAUUACCUUUUGUACAGGCGUCGACUCAACACCAUCUGAGGUGCAACGCUCUGGUGUGAAAAUGGACUCUGUAUCUUAUUGGAUAAUUCUCAUGCAAAAAUGACUCUCUUUUGGUUUCAAUGUUCCAAUUCAUGUGUUCAUUACUCAAAAGUGAACAAGAAAAAAGGAGAAUCUAUAUUUGUGUAAUAUAUACGAUUAAAGAUAUAUAUCGAUUUUAAACAUGUGCUGUAUACAUAGCUGACACUCACUAUAUUGGCCAUUGAACUUCAUUGUGAAUAAGCACUCUGGCCCUCUGAAAGAAACAAAUUCAAGUACAGGUUAAUUUAGACUGUUAACAUCAUAACCAUCAGGUUAAAACACACACAAAAAAAGCUAAAAUUCCUAAAUUUCCUUUCGCCUGUAUUGGCCACCCAAAUUAUCUAAUGCGCAUGAUGUCUUCUUAGUGUUGCAUAUAAAGAUGUUCAUGGCUUUUGGUCUGAAGGCUUAAAAGAGGGGAACAUAUUUUGGAGGAACAUUAUUUGAACUACAUUAGUCAACACUUAGAGUUCAGUGUUACAGUAUGUUGAAUUUAGUUUUAUUUUAAUGUGCUACCUUGGUGUGAAAAAAAUGUCCCAUGUCAUUUUAAUUUGUAUUGCAUCCUUAGUAGGACUAAAAUUUAUGUCACAAUUUAUGAGUCAUUCAAAAUCCUGAUAUGUGACCGUUGGAUGAUUCAUUUUGAUUAACCUGCACCGUUUUAAAUGGUAUUCAUCAGUUGCUGUGCACCUCCCUGGUAUGUCUCGUUAUUACAGAGGAUCAAUGUGUAUUUACCCACUUUGGAUCAUGAGUAGUGCUAGUUUGUAUUAUGUUUUGGCAAGCACACAGCACACAUAUUUGCACAUUUACAGGCAGAUAAGUGACAUGAGAUGCAACCUAGAGAGUAGACUUGCUUAUCAUCAACAUUUUAUAUGGCCCGUGUUUGGGAAAAAUAAGUUACUUUUGUUUAUUUUUUUCUCUUAGAUCUCAGAGUAAUAUAUUUCAGCUUUAUUUUAAAAUGAUAUAUCAAAGAGAUUUGUAUCCAUACAGAGCAUUUAUGAGCAAAACGCUUUGACAAUCUGACACAAACACAGGGAUAGGUGUUGUUUGGCUUCAUAGUGCCACAACUCUUAUAUUCAGAUCAUUACCAUGAUACAGUAUAACCUCCAGAAUAAAAAGGGAUUCUUCUGUUGUUGUUAACUUUUGAGCUGAAAAGGAAAUUGUACAUCAUCCAUUAGAAAUGCAGGUGCUCCCAUUCAAACUGAAAUAUUAAUAAAUAAUAGAAUAGUUUAUUUAUGUCUCAAUCAUGCUGUAAGUGAAUGUUAUCCACUGUCCCCAAAGCACUAUUUUUGCUCAGUUGAUGCCCAAAACUUACACCCACUUUAAGGUGGUCAAACCAAUACUUACAAUAAUUGCCAAUAAUUACUGUCCUGUGUGUUUUCAAAAAGGAAAAAUACUCACCUCACUUUGUGCUUUUAUUCUGCAAAGCACAAUAAAAGCACAAUAAAAGCACCUACCCCAAAGUAUAGUUGUACUGCAUUCCCAAAGAACUGUGGUGGGAAACUCGUUGCUUAAGCAUCAAGGUUCAAAGGCUGACAGAGUAUGUCAUGCUUUGGGAUCAGACCAGAGACCUCUCCUGAUCAGCAUCUUCUAGCCUGGGUACAAGAUGUGUACGCAAUAGCAGACAACCCUGUCAAAUCGCUCAAAGAGCUUCAGGGUGUAUUUGGACAGUUAAUCUAGCAUCACUUUCAUAUAUAUGCCACUCUGCUGUGACUGGAAAUUCAUUGCCUUGAUUUGAAAUGAGAAAUCUUAUGUUAUGAUUCAGAAUGUAUAGUUUGCAGAAAAAAGUACAUCUUAUUUUAUGGCAUUGAGAAUGGAAUUUGGAUGUCGAUUCUAUUGGAAUUGUGCCCGAGCACUUUGAACAAAGUGUGCACAGUUUGAGUGGACAUGUUGACUUUGUCCAACCCUCGUAAAAAGUUACAGAUCUGUACAACUUGUAAAUGAAAUAAUCAGCAUGUUAACAUUUUUAAAUGUUAACAAAUUUAAAAAAGGCAGAGGCCAGUGAUGUUCUGUACUUGUAAUAAUGGUGUCAUGUACUCAUAUUCAAGUGUUAACAAAUCCAAAGUGGGUCUUCAUCUCUUUAAAAAGGAA